AUGUUAAUACCACGGCAAUCAAUGAUGUCUAUGAAGCUCCUGGCCCGACGUGGGCUCGUUCGCAGCCAGAUUGCAGCGACAACAUACGGCUCCCCCGCACGGAGAUGGAGUAGCUCUAUUUCGCAGCGGCCUGGGUCGGACAGUGUUCGCUUUCCCGGUGCCGUCAAUAGCAGGUUUACCACCGAUAUGACCUUCCUCAAAGCCUCGGAUUUGCCCGCUAUCCCUACCUACCGAGUGUUGGAUUCGGAUGGCGAAUUGGUUGAUAAGACGAGACCAGCUCCUGAUGUUACUGAUGAGGAGGUGUUGACCUGGUACAAAAAUAUGUUGUCUGUUAGCGUCAUGGAUGUGGUCAUGUUCGAGGCACAGCGGCAGGGUCGACUGAGUUUCUACAUGGUUUCCGCUGGCGAAGAAGGCAUUACCGUGGGAUCUGCCGCCGCCCUUACACCGGACGAUGUGGUGUUUGCCCAAUACCGUGAAGCUGGAGUAUUCCAGCAACGAGGAUUUACCUUAAAGAAUUUCAUGAGUCAACUUUUCGCCAAUUGCAAUGAUACUGGCCGAGGCCGAAACAUGCCCGUUCACUAUGGACAAAACUACCCUCGCAUGCACACUAUCUCCUCACCUCUAGCAACCCAAAUUCCCCAAGCAGCAGGCGCAGCCUACGCGCUAAAAUUGCAAGAUAUGCAAAACCCAACGAAAGACCCACGUAUCGUGGCCUGCUACUUUGGCGAAGGCGCUGCCAGCGAAGGCGAUUUCCACGCCGCCCUCAACAUCGCCGCAACGAGAUCCUGCCCGGUAGUAUUCCUAUGCCGAAACAACGGCUACGCAAUCUCAACCCCAACACUGGAACAAUACCGCGGCGACGGGAUUGCCAGCCGAGGCGUAGGCUACGGAAUCGACACGAUCCGCGUAGACGGAAACGACGUCUUCGCCGUACACGAAGCAAUGAAAGAAGCACGACGUCUAGCCCUCAGCGAUGGCGGACGCCCUGUGCUCAUCGAAGCGAUGAGUUACCGUGUCUCACAUCACAGUACCUCAGAUGAUAGCUUUGCAUACCGUGCGCGGGUCGAAGUUGAGGAUUGGAAACGUCGUGAUAAUCCUAUUAUUCGGCUGCGGAAGUGGCUUGAGAAUCAGGGGCUUUGGAAUGAGGAUAUGGAGAAGGAAACCAGGGAUGAGAUGCGCAAGGCUGUGCUUAAAGAGUUUGGGGAGGCGGAGCGGGAGAAGAAGCCACCUCUUCGGGAGGCAUUUAGGGAUGUUUAUGAGGAGAUUACCGAGGAACAGCGGGAGCAGAUGUCUGAGCUGAAGAGGAUCCUCGAGACGUAUCCUGAUGAGUAUGAUCUGCGGCCUUAUCAAGAUGGGGCUAAGGGCUUGGAGUGA